GACUCUGAAUCUGCUGGUCAUCAUGACACCAUCUACCUCAACUAGAAGCACUUUUAUUCUGCUGUUUUAUCUGAUUUUUCCAUGUAUGCACGCCAGCUGUCCAACUAAAUGUCCCAAUGGUUAUAAUAACAAACGCGACUGUGAGUGUAACAGCAAUUGUUACCGGAAAUCCAGAAUGGGAAUCCUGACAUGUCAAUACUGCACACCAGUGUGUUCUGAGGCUAAAAACCAGGUGGAAGUUACUCCGUGCACUCAGGAAAGCAAUCGCAACUGCGCCUGCAAACCAGGUUUUUACUGUAAGGAAGGCAACAAUUAUAGCACAUACUGCCAUAAACCAUGUGUUCCCUGUGAGACGGGCACGUUCUCCAGCAAACCCUCUCUGGACCCAGCCUGCAAGCCUCAUAAAGAUUGUGCUCAGUUGGGAAUGAUAACGCUCAAAGAGGGCACAGCGACACGAGACAGAGAGUGUGUGUAUGCCACAACAAAAAUGGCAGCAUCAUCUACCGCCUCCGUUAUCAUUACUACCAUCUCUUCCGAGACAAUUCCCACGCCGAGGACAGUGAAAAGAAGCUUGGGCACAGAGGGCACAUCAACACAAGACAGAGAGGGCGUGAAUGCCACAACAAAGAUGGCCGCAUCAUCUACCGCCUCCGUUAUCAUUACGACCAUCUCUUCCGAGACAACUCCCACGCCGAGGACAGUGAAAAGAAGCUUGGGCACAGAGGGCACAUCAACACAGGACACAGAGGGCGUGAAUGCCACAACAAAGAUGGCCGCAUCAUCUACCUCCCCCAUUAUCAUUACUACCAUCUCUUCCGAGACAACUCCCACGCCGAGGACAGAGGGCAAUCGACAACAGAGAGACGCCGACCCAAAAGAAAGCCAGUCCAGUUGGCUGCUGCUGUUAAUCUUACUCUUGAUGCUCUUGUUCAUGACUGGGUUUUGUAUGCUGAUGAAAGGCAAGGCCCUGAAAACCCUUUCCAAAUGCUUCGGUUUAAUACAUGGAGAACAUGAAGAACAGCAGCACUGGAGACAGAAAGCAGGUGACCACCACAUUUUGUCCAAUUCCCAGUCCGACACCUCAACAGAUCACAGCAUGGACUCUGAGAGACCGCUCGGCAGUGAUGUCGGACAGGUCAAAGGUCAGAGUAUGGGGGUGGCACCCCAAUCUAGUGGUGUGCAGCAGGUCACAGUGAAGCACAAUGGGAAGGGUGAGAACGUCAGCAACACUGUAGGCUCCAUCUACAUCUACUCUCCUGGAACAGUGAUUUUAGGCUCCAACUCGGGCGAUAAAAAGGAAGAGGCAGGAGUUGGCGACGAAGCUCUUCCUCUUAUCAGCGCGCCACAGCAAGAGUCGAACCCCCCCUCACAGGAGGUCAGAAUAACUAUGAGUGCACAGGAGGAGGCCGAGGAGGAACUGAGCUUGAGUUUUCCUGUGCCAGCAACUGGAAAGUGAGAACUUGAACAUGUGGUUUCUUGCGUGAACUUCAGAAUAGCCUUCAACAAGGUCCCAUGUUGAAUCACAAGGCUGAAACUCACAAGUGGCCUGGUGUAAUAUUCCUGGUAGAUCGUGGCAUGAUGCUUUCUCUUCUCGAGAAACACGCAUGCUGACAAUGUAUUGGUUAGGCUACCUUGAUUGAACUGAGAGUCGAUUGCAGAAUGCGCGAAUGUUCCAGAUGUAAAGCGCAACGUAACGAGUUUUGCAUUUUUGCACAUCAAGAAGAUGAUUAAAGGUCGUUCACACCAAGGAUGAUGAGAUAACUAUAAAAUAGGGCUGUCAAACUAUUAAUCACGAUUAAUCGCAUCCAAAA